AUGGUUGUUGCAGAGAAGGCGACACGCCGCACUGUCGCGUUGCUGCACCGCUCACUGCUCCAGGUGCUGAACAAGCCGGAGGACCCGCUGGUCACGCUGGGACUGCAGAUCAUCUCUGAACAUGCGCAGACACGCGGUGUUGGAGGCAUGCUGGACCUGUACCACCCACGGCUGCUCCCACGCCGCCUGAUGUUCGAUCUACUUAUUGAUCUCAUCAAUCACACAACAGCCAGAGUACAACAACAGGCUGUGGCCACACUGCUGGACGUGGCAGCUUCUGGCUCAGGAGGUCCAGGCUGUGCCAGAGCCAGUGUGGAAGAGAUAGACUGCCUGCUAGGAGCAUUGCCAGAACCCCUCCCAGGUCGUACGAGACAGCGGCUUGAGGGGGCUCACAGUAAUGGUACCAGCUCUACCCAAACAGUCCGAGAACCCGGAACUUUACUUGAGGCUCACCAGGAGGGUUAUGGGUGGCCAAGUUCGAUGUCGCCGAAGAAAAUCGGUUGGUUCUUUACACCUCACGUCUGUACAUGUAGGGAGCUAGCAGACAAGCUGUGGCAGCAGGCCCGGCUGCAGUACGACGACACCCAGACUCAGUGUGCGACUGAGGCGGGAGCUCAGGCUCUGGCCACGCUACUCAAGCAGUCCGGACCUCACCUCACCGACGUAGUGCUCAAGAAACUGCUCAACAUUUACCACGAGAAAACUGGCGCUAGUGCCUGCCAAGCUGGACAGUCUCGGCCGUGUGAUCGAGCAGCCGAUAGACACGUGGGAGCCACGCAGCGGUGUGGCACUGGCCCUGGCACAGUUGGCUCCCCUGCUGUCCCCACCUCUCGUCUCGGAACUGCCACCUUCUUUGUCUCCACAGGACUCGGGACAAGAGCGGCGAGGUGCGCAAGAACAAUGCUGGCCGCUGCUCUGGCUGCAGUCGAUCUUCACGGCAAGGAAACGGUGAACAGCCUAUUGCCCGUGUUCGAAGAUUUCCUGGAUCGAGCUCCAGACUCUGGAAGUUUCGACGCUGUGAGACAAUCCGUGGUGAUCCUGAUGGGCUGCCUCGCCCGCCAUCUCGACCGAGACGACCGCAAAAUCAAACCGAUUGUUGGGGAAACUCAUAGACGCGCUCUCUACACCUUCACAGCAGGUCCAGGAGGCCUGUGGCCAACUGGUCCUGCCCGCCACUGUGUGCCCUCUCCCCGCCCCCCCUUCGCCCGCCACCACUCACCGCUAUGA